AUGCAAAGUGGACGUGGUGGAGUUUUGAACCACGUGGUUGCAGCAGCCUUGACGGGAGUGCCCGAAGUGCUUGAUCGGUGCUGUGUGAAGAGCCACAGCAAUCCAAUCUCACGUGAGGGUCUAAUUGGUCUGAGAAAAGGUUUCCAGGCCUUAUAUCUUCAAAUGUCUACUAUAUCACUUCGUUCUAUACUUGCUGAUGAAAAGUUGGUUGGAUCCAACUUUGAUGAUUGGUACCGUACAUUGAGAAUCGUUCUCAUGCAUGAAAAGCUUAUUGAUGUGAUUGAUAAGCCUGUUGUACCUCAACCUGCUAAUGGAGAUGAACAGGCAACCAAUGCUUAUAAAAAGUACUUGGAAGACUACAUGAGCACCAAAUGCCUCCUUUUGGCAUCUAUGAGUUCUGAACUUCAGAGGCAACAUGAGGACAUGGACCCAGUUGACAUUAUUAAUCAUCUUAAGAAGAUGUAUGGUGGACAAAGUAGAACUGCUAGAUUCCAGCUGUCUAAAACUUUGUUUAGGUCCACAUUGACUGCUAAUGCUGAAGUAGGACCCCAUGUUCUAAAGAUGAUUAGUCUUAUAGAACAGCUUGAGAAGUCGGGGUGCAAACUUGGAAAAGAGUUAUCCCAAGACUUGAUCUUACAGUCACUCCCUGGGACGUUCUCAUAA